AUGGUCGAAGACGACGCUUCUUUUUCCUCAUCUUCAUCUCAAUCUGAGAUUGGCGAAACAAUCUCACCUCCAUCGAUCAAGAAACGGAAAGCCGGGAGAAAGAAAUUCAAAGAGACAAGACACCCGAUCUAUAGAGGUGUCCGGGUAAGAAACGGGUCCAAAUGGGUGUGCGAAGUUCGUGAGCCCAACAAAAAAUCAAGAAUAUGGUUGGGUACAUUCCCAACCCCUGAAAUGGCAGCUAGAGCUUACGAUUCUGCAACCCUAGCAUUACGUGGUGAUACCUCACCACUCAACUUUCCUGACUCCGUCCAUUUGAUUAAACGAGCCAAAUCAUCUUCUGCCCAUGAUAUUCGAGAGGCUGCUCUUGAAGCAGCUCUUGCCUUUAGGCCGGAAGGUUAUGAACAUAGGUCAUCUAGGUCGCCUGUGUCUUUUCAGAUUGAAAAGGUGGCGGUGGAGGUGCCAGAUAUGGCUUUCGUCGAUGAAGAAGUUUUGUUUAAUAUGCCAAGUUAUUACAAUAACCUUGCCGAGGGAUUGGUAAUUACACCACCAGCAAUGAAACACGGGUUUAAUUGGGGUGGUGACUUUGAUUCUCCUUGUGAUUUUGAUUCGGAUAUGGACUUGACUCUCUGGAGGGACCUGCUCCAACAUUUGGUAUCAGAGCAGGUUGAAGAGGGUUGGUUUGAGAGUCGACUUUCGGAGGGAGGAGCCUUUGGCUGCAGGGCAACGAGAGCAGUAGAAGCAGCAGGCCGACAACAGAAAGAAGGUUUGAUUGGCAGCAAUCAAAAGAAAGAAGAAAGAAAGAAAGAAAGAAAGAAAGAAAGACAAGAAGAAAGAAGAAUGAAGAAAGUGGAAAGAAGAAAGCAGAAAGAAGAAAGAAAAGGAAAGAAGAAGAAAAAAAACAGCACAAGUGUGUCACAUAUUAGCAGGCAAGAAAGAAGAAACAAGCAGCAAGCGAUCACUUUUGAUCGAGAAAGAAAGAAAAUUGAAGCAAGAGACAGCAAGAAGUCUAAGCAAGAUAGAGCAAGAUUAAAGCAAGAUAGCAAGAUCAAACCUAACUGGUUUGAAUAG